AUGUUGUCUCGCCCGGCGAGCCUCUCCCGUACAGAGACAGUCGCCGCGUGGCUCAAGACCUCCGGAAGCCCCGAGAGCGCGAGCGGGAAAGGCUUAUAUGCCGCGAGCCUUGGAGUUGUCUUGAAGAGCAUGGGCUUGAGCGUCACGAUGAUCAGGAUCGAUUCAUACCUCAAUGCCAAUUCGAGUGCUCUGUCACGCUCGGAACGUGGAGAAGAUUUCCUGUUGGACAAUGGUGGACGAGUCGGUAUGGAAUUCAAUACUUACGAGCGUUAUCUGGACAUCCCCUUAACCGAAGAUCAUAAUAUCACGACUUCGAAAACCAUGGAAAAGCUUAGCGGGAAUGAGCGAGACGGCAAAUACGGCAGCGAAGUGAUACGAAUGAACUCCCAUUUCACAAACGCUGUAGUGCAAUCGAUUGAGGCGGCCGCCCAGAUCAAGGUUGAUGCAACGAGACGUGCGCCCGAUGUCUGUGUCAUCGACGUAGAAGGUCCAUCGGAUGAUGCCGCCAUGGAGCCCUUCCGAAUAGCGCUGCGGAAGUUAAGCGCCAAGGUUGAGAAUCGCAAUUUCAUGAGAGUCCUUAUCGUUCCCAUGAAGUACGAUCAUUCAUCAUGCGAUUUUCCUGUAGAAGAGCUGCGAACUGUACGACUGCAUAAAUAUGCUGCAGACAUGGUCAUAUGUCGCUGGAAACCUAACACCAACAGGCAUCACCAGUCACCCCCAUAUAAGUCCUCUUCCUUUCGAUUGAUGCGGCACUUCUCGGUCGGUGCCUCAAACAUCACAAGCGUUUCAUGUGAUAUUGACACCAUCAGCCUUCCCGUCAUUCUCAACGGACAGGGAGCAUGGAGCGUCUACAACGGCUCGAAAGCGGGAAAGGUUGAGAACGCGCUCGGCUACCGCCUCCGCACCGGCAUCGGGAACUUUGUCUUGAUGGGACAGACGGCAGGACCAAAGGGUCCUUUCAGGCCAGAAGAUUGGAUCAAGAGCGUCACGAGCCCUUAUACGGCUAUCAUCCAGGCUCUGGGGGAUGCUUCGAGAGGAUUCCCGCUUAUUUCUAGACUUUCCAUUGUGGAUCCUGAUGAUUUGGAUUACUCUACGGCUCUCAGCUCCACGCGGUACGAGCAAGCCUGGAAGGAUGUCAAAGAAGCUAGUGGAAUCAUCCUUGCCGAAAUUGAUGAAUCCUACCCAAUGCACGGACCGGGAGCAGAGGGGAGGAUCGCGGUCGCCGAAUGGGCCCGAACGAACAAUGUGCCAUGUCCGAGCAUAGGGAUUGGAAUGUACGCUGCAGUCGCCGAGAUUGCAAAAAACAUUGAUACUACCUCGAUCACAUGGCCGUCCCCGGAAUAUCCUUUCAGUCGCGAAUCGACGACAGGUGGCGGUGAAGAGAUCCACCGAAGUUCGAGCACGGGCAGCAUGAGCGAACCAUUUCACGAGAUCUAUGGAGACGUACCAGUUGUUCGAGAACGCUUCUGCCCUGAAAUAUGGGUAAUCGAUAUCAAAUUUGCCCUGUUUAUGCGUAGAGCUGGAUUCGAAUUCAUCGUUCAAGACAAGGGUGGCGACCUUAUCGAUGCUUUCAAGUACAGACACCAUCCUUGGUAUGUCGGUGUGAAUUUCAGCCCUGAGUAUUCAACAGCAGUCAUGAAAGCCAAUCCUUUCUUCUUCGGGUUUGUACAAGCGGUAUUUGAGCAUGAUCAGAAGAGGAGAGAAGAUUACAAGAAAAGACGUGAUGAGCGGCGUAUUGCCUUCGAGAGCGGUACAGCAAACCAGAGAGAUCUCUCAGGCGGCUAUGAAGAAGAUGCUGUUGAUAGUGUCUUGAGUCUUGCCAAAGCAUCAUCUCCUGUUGAUGAGGAUUCACAGGAGUGA